GAGCAGAGCUGCAGACGUGUCUGUGGAACCAUCGAACAAACCUUAAACCCACUUCAUCAGAUCUGUUUCCAGUCUCAGCAGAGUCUCUACAAACAGAGAUAUGGCUGCUGUCGGUCGCGUCCGAUCUGAAGAUCAGUUCCUGUGUUCCAUCUGUCUGGAUGUCUUCACUGAUCCAGUCACUACAUCAUGUGGACACAACUUCUGCAAAUCCUGCAUCUCUGAACACUGGAGGGUGAAUGUCCCAUAUCAGUGUCCCAUGUGUAAAGAGGUUUUCAACUUGAAACCUCAGCUGAAGAUCAACACUUUCAUCUCAGAGAUGGUGGUUCAGUUCAGACAUGAAGCUCAACAUGAACCAAACAUCUACAGCUCAGACCAACAAGCUGCCAAACCAGGAGAAGUUCCCUGUGACGUCUGCACUGAACCCAAACUGAAGGCCCUGAAGUCCUGCCUGGUGUGUCUGACCUCCUACUGUCAGACUCAUCUGGAACCUCAUCGGACAGUUCCAGCACUGAAAAGACAUCAGCUGAUCCACCCUGUGGAGAACCUGGAAGACAGGAUGUGUAGGAAACACGACAAACCUCUGGAGCUGUUCUGUAAAACCGACCACACAUGUAUCUGUCACCACUGCACCUACUCAGACCACAAAGGUCAUGAUGUUACUCCUCUGAAAGACGAACAUGAAGAACAGAAGCCAAAGCUGAAGAAGACAGAGGCUGAAAUUCAGCAGAUGAUCCAGGAGAGACGACUGAAGAUCCAGGAGAUCCAACGGUCAGUGAAGCUCAGUGAGAACGCUGCAGACAGAGAGACAGCAGAAGGUGUUGAGGUCUUCACUGCUCUGAUAGAGUCUGUUCAGAGAGGUCUGGACCAGCUCUUAGAGAAGAUCCAAGAAAAGCAGAGGAGCACCGAGAAACAGGCUGAAGACUUCAUCAAAGAGCUGGAACAGGAAAUCUGUGAGCUGGAGAAGAGAAGCACUGAGGUGAAGCAGCUCUCAGGCUCUGAAGACCACCUCCACUUUGUCCAGAGGUUCACAUGUGUCAAAGCUGCUCCAUCCAUGAAGACCUGGACAAAGGUCAGCGUCCGUCCACCAUCAUAUGAGGGGACUGUGGAGAGAGCUGUGUCUGAGCUGGAGGACAAACUCAGAGAAGACAUGAAGAAGGUGGUUAAAGCUGAGCUGAAGAGAGUCCAACAGUAUGAGGUGGAUCUGACUCUGGAUCCAGAUACAGCUUAUCCUUAUCUCAUCCUGUCUGAUGAUGGAAAACAGGUUCAUGAUGGUGAUGAAAAGAGGAACCUUCCAAACAAACCACAGAGAUUCUCUGAUUUUUGUUGCAUCUUAGCGAAGCAGAGUUUCUCUUCAGGCAGGUUUUACUUCGAUGUUCAGGUCAAAGGAAAGACUAAAUGGGAUUUAGGAGUGGCCAGAGAGUCCAUCAACAGGAAAGGAGAGAUCAGACUGAGACCUCAGUUCGGAUACUGGACCAUCAGGUUGAGAAAUGGAAAUGAGUACGACGCUUGUGCUGGUCCUCCUGUCCGUUUGUCUGUGAAGUCUGGUCUUCAGAAGGUGGGGGUGUUUGUGGAUUAUGAGGAGGGUCUGGUCUCCUUUUAUGACGUAGGUUCUUCAGUUCUCAUCUACUCCUUCAUUGGCUGCUGCUUCAAUGAUAAACUCCUCCCAUAUUUCAGUCCAUGUACAAAUGCUGGAGGUACAAACUCUGCUCCUCUGAUCAUCACUCCUGUCGACACUGAUUUUACAGUGAAGUCUCGAGUAAAAGCUUUGGAGAGAAGUUUUCGGCGUCCGGCUUUUCUUGAGAAACUUGUCAUCUAUCUGCUGAGCUAGCUACUAUACACACAAGCAGGGGCAGAAUACACACAAAAAAACACUGCUACGCUGAUUGAAAGACAACGUCGCAGGUCAGAUCUCAGUGUCGGGGCCCCUGUACUGUCUUCAUUUGAAACAAGAAAAACCAUUAAAUAUUGAAUGUUUGCUGAGUUGUUUUCUAUUUGUUCGUAGACAAACACAUGUAAUUAUUGUAAACACUGUCAUUAUCUUCACAGUAGCUCAGACGGAGGCUAUUCCAUAAUAUUUAAGACCAAAUAUAUUGAAAUGAUUCAUCAUUUAUUCAAAUAUGUUCUGAUUAAAUUUACUGAAGUUGAAAUCCAAUCAGUCCAUUUGAUAAAUCACAAACCUUCAACUUAUUUGGAUGAUUCUGCUCAAAUAUCUGAACUAUGUAUUUACAUGUAAACUAUGAAGAAAUAGAUGGAAAUAUUCACAUUAUUUCUUCUGUUUAAUGUAAAACUUCAAUAAAUAUAUUAAACUGUAAA